AUGAUAACAUUCGGUGAGUUCAUUGAACUUCGGCUCAAUUCGAACGAUAGAGAAAACAAGUAUGAUCGAUUCCUUAGCGCAGCUCACGCCGUUGGAGUACAAGAUGUUAAGGAGCAGUUGCUGUCACAUUUCAUAAUCCCAAAUUCAAACCGCCUCAAAGUACCCGCGGGUCUCUCAGAUUCCCAUAGCGCAAUAAUAGAUGAAUGCAUAGUUUUUCUCGUUGAAAAUAGGCUUCUGGAAAAUGUCUUGACUCAUGGGUAUAGAGUUGCGGGAAACCACGCUGUGAGUACCGGUCUUCAUUGCUGCUUUACAAACUUAAACGUCACCAUACUCAAAUGCGGGUUUUGGAGACUAGUACACGAGUACAUUGGCACCGAUCGCUUCACUGAUAUUUUGAUCAAUCAUUCUGUAUUCCAGUAUAAUGGACGUUAUUUUAGACAAAUAAUCGGAAACAAGAUGAAUGAUCCGCAUGUGCCGAUAACCUGGAAUCCAAAAGUAACCAAUGAGCCAAUUACGUCCAACUUCGCAAGUCAUUUUUAUGUCAAAAAUUCAAGGUUCCUCUACAGGUCAGCAGGAGAUUUUGAUCUUUACCAGGUAAUUCCCUCGAAUGUUCAAAAACUCUUAGACGACAUGUUCGGAGAACUUCAGAUUGAUUCGCAGAUCAGCCCAAGAAGACAAAAUAAAAUGAAGGGGCCACUUUUUUCAAUAAUUCAAAAUCAUAGAAGAAUCCGAUAUAAUCAUAUUUUUAACUCAACUUGCCCAAGAACACAUACUGCCUCUAGCCUUCAUUCUGAUUUUGGAACAAGUUUUAAAGAUGUAAUGAAAUUUAUGGUUGUCAUUGUUGAAAAACUAUUCCCUUCAACGCUUUUUGGCUCGAAAAGAAACAAAUCCAGAAUACUAUCCGGCAUUGCAACAAUUCUAAAACUAAAGUUAGGAGAACGUUUGCCAUUCCUUCAUUUUAUGAAAGGUUUAAAAUUACACGACUUUAGAUGGUUGGGUUUGGGGGAAGGGAAGCUCGAUUUAGAGGAAGAAACGUUUCGUCUUUUUUUGUUACAGAUGUUUGUCAAAUGGUUUUAUGUCAAGUUUUUGCCGCGUCUACUUUCUGUGUUUUUCUAUUGUACUGAGGUAUCUUCUACUGUGAAUAUAGUAUACUUCAGGCAUGACACCUGGAGAACCCUUUGUACCCCAUUUUUGAGCAAGUAUUUCAAAUCUACUUUAAGAGAGAACACCAUUUGCAGGGCUCACAACAGUUACAAGCUAUCAAAAUUCAAUCAUGGUGACCUUCGCAUAAUCCCGAAAAGAUUGAAGGGAGACUUUCGGAUCAUUUUUGUACCUUUCAAAGGAUGUGAUCAAGAAGAUACUACUGAAUAUAGAGACAACGAGUGGAACGUGUUGAAACCUACUAUCGGCAUUCUCAAUCAGGUCAGAGCGGAGAGGAAGACUACAAGCAAAAAAGUUCUCUCUUCAGCCAAAAUCCCGCUUCUUAUCAGGGACUUCAAAUCAAUGGUUUUGAAGAAACAUGGAGUAUUGCCUAAGUUUUUUUACAUAAAGUUUGACAUUGCCUCUUGCUAUGAAUCAAUACCUACAGAAAAGGCGUUGUCGGUAAUUCUAAAAGCAUUCAAAAAUAAUGAGGCGUUUUAUGCGAGGAAUCAGAUACUGUACGAUACCAAAAAAAAGGCUCUGAAAAGAAUACUCGCAGUAAACGGAAGGAACGCCCUUAAACCAGAUAACAUCUUGAUUGAUAAUGUCAGAACUGCUGUGUUGACCAAAGAAGAUCUUUUAAAAGUACUGAAAACCGACGUUAGCAACACUGCCAUUCGUUUCAACAAGCGAUGCUAUCUAAGGAAAACAGGCUUAUUCCAAGGUGCUAGUAUGUCCGCCACUAUAGUCGAUUUCAUGUAUGAUGAUUUACUGGAGUUCUAUGAUGCUUUUAAGGCACCACUUGGUACGGAAUGCCUUGUUCUUCGUCUCGCUGAUGACUUCAUGGUUAUAACAACUAGUGAAAAUCAAUUUCAAGAGAUCACAAAAUUGGUAUUGGAAGGUUUCAAGGAAUAUAGUGCCAAAGCUAAUCGUGAUAAAAUAGUCGUUGGCACGACACAGGGUGUCUCCAGCAUUGUACAUUUUUGUGGGCUUGAUAUCGAUGUUAAUUCCUUAGAGGUUUGCAAGAGUCUGGAUGAUCUCAAUAUUUUGCGCAUUCACACCACAUCCUCGAAAGAACUAUACGCAAAAAUGAAAGCUCUUUUUGAAAUGAGAAUGUCAUAUAACUUGGUGCGCACAGAUCUUAACUCAUGGUGCACUGUUCUUAAGAAUAUUGAAAGUAUUUCUUCCAAUAUUGCUACAUCAAUAACACAUGGCUUCGCAGGAGAUGAAAUUGGUCCAGAAGGAUUUAUGUAUUUUAUUGAUCACGUAAUAUGCUCCAUCAUAUCACAACUCAAGACCUAUAAACUAAGCCCCAAACAAAUGGAUGUGAUAAAAGCCACAAUACUAAGUACCUUUUGGGAACGUCUGCGUAGAAAACAUCACAAAUUCAAAAUUAUCAUCGAUGGCUUGACAAAAAAAAUGGGAGAGUAG